UUCUCGCUGGAUGCAACGACUGGGACCAGUUAGGAAAUUCAUGCUAUCUCAUUAGCCAGGAGUAUGUCAUUUGGCUUGACGCUUUGUUAAAAUGCCAUGAACUGGGGGGUAUGUGUGCGGAAAUUGACAGCCAAGAAGAACAGGAUUUUAUUUCCGGUCAGAUGAAAGCCAAGAACGUCGAGGCUGUUUGGCUUGGAGGUUUUAAAACAACUGAUUGGCUAUGGAUUUCAAGCUUUGCUGAAAUUAACAAGGGAUACACCAGCUGGGGAGAAGGGCAACCAGACAACUUCGAGGGCAAAGAAGGUUGUCUGUCAAUGUCAAUGUCGAUGUCGACCCGCUACACGUGGAAUGAUGUAGAUUGCAUGACAGAAUACCAAUUUGUUUGUGAAAAGAGGGCAAAUUAA